ACCCGGAGAACCAAAAAAUGUCAACUACCUUUCCAGGUCUCGUCCACGAUGCAGAGAUACGUCAUGACGGAUCAAACAGUUACCGUUUGAUGCAGCUUGGAUGCCUGGAGUCCGUGGCCAACUCGACCGUCGCCUAUUCCUCCUCGUCUCCUCUCACUUAUUCUACCACGGGCACCGAGUUCGCCUCCCCGUACUUCUCCACUAACCACCAGUACACCCCACUGCACCACCAGUCCUUCCACUACGAGUUCCAACACAGCCACCCGGCAGUCAACCCCGACGCUUACUCCUUGAACUCUCUCCAUCACUCCCAGCAAUACUACCAGCAGAUCCACCAUGGGGAACCCACUGAUUUUAUCAACCUGCACAAUGCGCGGGCGCUCAAGUCCUCCUGCUUGGACGAGCAGAGGAGAGAGCUGGGGUGCUUAGAUGCUUACCGCCGCCACGACCUGUCUCUUAUGAGCCAUGGGUCCCAAUAUGGGAUGCAUCCAGAUCAAAGACUCCUGCCAGGACCAAGCCUCGGGCUUGCAGCCUCGGGAGCAGACGAUUUGCAGAGCUCAGUGGAGGCCCAGUGUGGACUUGUACUGAACGGACAAGGUGGUGUGAUAAGAAGAGGUGGUACCUGCGUUGUUAACCCCACCGACCUGUUCUGCUCUGUACCUGGUCGUUUGUCUCUACUCAGCUCCACUUCAAAGUACAAAGUGACCAUUGCAGAGGUGAAGAGACGCCUUUCACCGCCAGAAUGCCUCAAUGCUUCCCUCUUAGGAGGUAUUUUGAGAAGAGCAAAAUCUAAGAAUGGAGGACGUUGCCUGAGAGAAAAAUUAGACAGACUGGGACUGAAUUUACCUGCAGGAAGAAGAAAAGCAGCAAAUGUCACACUCUUGACUUCCUUGGUAGAAGGGGAGGCAUUACAUUUGGCCAGAGAUUUCGGCUACACCUGUGAAACAGAAUUCCCUGCCAAGGCGGUAGGAGAGCACAUUGCCAGACAGCACAUGGAACAGAAAGAGCAGACAGCAAGGAAAAAGAUGAUCCUAGCAACAAAACAAAUAUGUAAAGAAUUCCAAGACCUUCUGAGUCAAGACAGGUCACCCCUUGGAUCCUCCAGACCGACUCCAAUACUAGACCUUGACAUCCAGAGACAUUUAACACAUUUCAGUUUGAUCACUCACGGUUUUGGAACUCCUGCAAUAUGUGCUGCCCUAAGCACUUUCCAAACUGUUCUCAGCGAAAUGCUGAACUACUUGGAAAAGCACACAUCGCACAAAAACGGAGGAGCAGCGGAAUCCGGCCAAGGACACGCCAACUCGGAGAAAGCCCCCCUACGGAAAACUUCAGAGGCUGCUGUGAAAGAGGGCAAAACAGAAAAGACAGACUAGCUACAUCAAACAGAAUCUAUUUCAAGAGAGUCUUGCUGCUGAUAUUUUUUUUAAAUAUAUAUAUCAUUGAGGGCGAUUUAUCUCCAGUGGACCAAAUCCAAAAACAAAAAAAAAAAAAAAGAAAAAAAAAACAGGGGGGGAAAGAGAAAAAAAAAAGAAAAAAAAAGGAGAAGAAAAAAGAGAAAGAUUAAAACAGAGAGAAAGAGAGAGCGCGAGAGAGGAAAGUAUUCAACCCUAAGAACAGCAGUGUACAGUAAUUGUGUGAUGAAAUUGUCACUUUUUUAAAAUUUAUGUUGCUCUAAAGUACUUUUCGUGCAUGUAGUAUUUGAUUGUUCUGAAUGAUACACUAACACUGUUUUUUAUAAGCACUUCUGGACUUGGCUGAGGUGGCACAUGGCGUUUGUCGCAGGCUAAUGUGAAGCACUUUCUUCUCUGGCAGCACAGUUAGGGCCAACACAUCGGUUGUGGGACAUGCAGUUCCAGCAUACUGGCUUUGCUUGCAUGCUGGAUAGAUUGGAAGAAGGGCUUCCUCUGGUCCAUCAGAAAUGCCUGAUCCACUCACCGUUGGGAAGACAAUAUGGAAACCUGGCAAGAGAGGAAUCCACAGGUCAUUGGACAGAUGAACUGUUUGGUGCUGGGGGCUGCAUCUCCCCACAUGGGAAUGUAUGAUAAAGCUGCACUGAAAUGAGGCCAGAACCUGUUAGGAAUCUGUCCUGGCUAUUCAAGCAGCAACUGAAGCAUCUCCUGUGAGCAGAAUAUGGCAGACUAAGUGCAAAGCAACAUGCCUCGACAGUUUCAUUGAGAGCCCUGAUCCCCCUGUGAACUUCAGAUUAAAAGACUGUAUGGGCCUCUGUUCUCUGUCCUCUCAGCCCCUGGCCCCACAAUGCCUCAGUCUGCCAUACCCAGGUCUCUAUUCAACAGGAUCAGUACAGGCAAUCGGAGUCUUCUUUUGUGUUGCCUUCAUUUUAUGAUACUUUCUUUUCUCCAGCAGCUUGUUUCUGCAGCUUUACUGUCUUUUGAAAUCCAGCUGAGGUACAGAGGUCUAACCGAAUCCACUCACAUUAAAAAAAAAGUCUAUAAAAUAAUACCAAAAUGGCAUAUAUGUCAGAUUGGCAUAGUCCACAGCAGUUAAGUGAUUAAUAACCUUACUAAUAUACUUCUGAAAUAUUUCUUCACCACUCAGCGUACAUCCUCACAAAGGAAACAUUGGAGAUGUAGUUUGAACUCAAGCCUCUUUGAGUCCAGAGCCUUUUUGCAGCCACAUUCUGGAUUCUUCAGUGAGACAUUCAUUCAGUUCCUUUUCUUGUUUCUCUGAUAUUAUUUUAUUUAAAAAAAUAGGAAGAAUUUAUGUCAUAGGGUGGGGUUAUGCUGACCAAGCAAGCCCUUUCUAAAAUCAACAGAAUCAGUUUAUUUCUUCCCAAAGAUCAUUCAUCUCUUUCUACAGCAGGAAAACAAAUGUAAUUGUCCACAUGUAAGUGUUCAGAGUCAUGUGAGAUGCUUUAGGGUAUCUAAGACAGCCACAGUUUUGGUAGAAAUGACAGAAAACAUGUAGGAGAUUAAGACUCCUGGAAGAGGAGCUGGAGGACCCCCUAAGCCAGCACUAGAGAUGUAUGGGUGGCUACCUGACAUGCACACCAAGUUUCUAAAACAGAUGGAAGGGGUCAUCUGGACGUUCAUGCCUUUCUCCACUGAUAAUAACUGGAAGUUAAUGGUGGUGUUUUGUACUGCAUAUGGUUACUACUGGGCUAGUCACCCUCUGCUCCCUAUAAUCAGAAGAGAGGGAAAGGUGCUUAACAGAGUACAGUUCAUGCCAUCUCAAAAUAAUCAUGCACUGAAAGUGUGUCUUUUUUUUAUACUAGAUAUAAAGGAGGUCAAGACUAAAUGCCUAAUUGCAUUCACAUUCAUUAUAGUUUUCUAGUGGUGGUUAAGACACAUAAAAUUCUUCAUGACCUGCUUUAGAUUUAUCGACUUAGAGACUGUAAAAACUCUCCAAAGGCAUUUACGAUGUAGGGAACCAGAUGAUUAACUUGAUCAGUCUCACCCUUCAAAUGUAUGGAAGAAAACAAAAUGCUUAUGGUAUGAUAGUCUCCCUUUUGAGAUUAAUAAGGACAUUGCCAUCAAGGUGCGAAAGCAUGCUAAAUUUAGUUGAGUCCCUCUUUCCUUGUGUGAGGAAAUCUGAAACAAAACAAAAAAAUUCCUAUGAUUUUGCUCAGAUUUGUCUUUGCUCAAGUAUAUAACUUAGGUAUCUACUUUAAUACCAUCUAUCUAGGCUCCUUGUAUGCAGGGAAAUGAGAGAAAUAGGUGCAUCUCCAUGGACCUAUUAAAUUCCUUAACUCACUAAUAUCAGCUAAAUGCAUCACAGAAAUAAAACUUUGCUGAAUUAAUUUGUCACUCCAGCACCUCUGUGCUAAAAUCAAAUGAAUGUUCCUCAGUGGUGUCUUCAAUGCCAUCUUCUUCACUGUGGAAUCACUCUGGAACAUGAAAUACUGGAGUAUGGACAUAGGUAACCAUGGAUUAAGAGUGAAAAAGAAAUUAGUUUUUGUAUUGUCCAAACUGAAGGGAAGAAAGAAAAAGAGGAAAAAAUUGAAUAUUUGACUGUGUCACUUAUGCAGAUUUGCCGCAUGAAAAUGUACUGUGAAGCAAUUUAAUUGUGAUUCUCUACUGCAAGAUGUGAAUAAAUUUGAAUUGUUUUGGUGGAAGAGGAGGGAGGAGAGAAGAAAAAAAUGUUUGAAAACUCUUUUCACAUUUCUCAGUAAAAUAUCAGUCUCCUGGAGGUGGGGAAAUGACUGUGUAGAUUAUUCUGUAAAACUGUUGAGAAAGCAGUGACUUAUUACAACCACGCCUGAUAUUGGAAAUAACAUGUAUGCAGAAUUAUUUGAAAUAUUCACUUAUUUGGGGUAUGAUCCAAGGUUCCAACAGUAAUUUAUUUAAAGAGUUACACCUUUUGUUAUUGCAAACUCCCUGUGAGACUUUGCUCUGCUGGCAACAAUUUUUUUUCAUCUUUGAUGAUCACUUGAUCUAUAAAUAUGAACAAACCUGGAUAUUCUUAAAGACCCAGAACUUCCAGUUUUAGCCUUAAUGACCUCUGUGGAUUUUUGGGAAGGUUUCAGUAUGGAUCUGGUUCAAGUUGAUUGAACUCUUAGAAAUUCUUACCAUUAAGACUCUAUUUCCAUCUACAUCUCCAUUUUUCCUAUUUUUCCUUUGCAAUGUUUACUGUCAUUCACAGGCCUUGUUAUUUAUUUUUAUCGGUACUUAAUUUUAUUGAAAGAAAAAAUAUUUGUUACUCCCUCUUCUGCUGAAUUAGUUGUUGGAGUAGUUUGACAUCAGAAAGCCUUUGGUUUUCAAAAUUGGAUCUUCCAGUGUGGUUUUAACUGAUUAACUCACUGAGCUUGUGGUUAAAAUCUCAGCCUAAGUUCUCAUCCAUUUUUCCACCCAUACAUGAACAUUGUUCCCAUAGUUUUGUUCUUGUUUUUGUUUUCCCAUUUCUAAGACUUCGCCUCUGUGGAAAUAUCCCCAUCUCAAAACACACUCAUGAAUUAGAUCAGCCUGAAGGACAGGCACAGUUUGAAGUUACAGAGUGCUCACUGGUAACAAAUUCAAGUGUAUUUGUACCUCUUUGACUUUGAAAUAAACCUUAUCUGACAAAAAGAAGUUCUUCUUUUGUGAGAUGAUGGAAUUGUUUAUUCCACACUGGUCAAAAACGUCUAAAUACAAAAAAAGUGUCCAAACCUAUGAGUCAUUACAAUUUUGGAAACCUAGAAAUCCUUAGAUUCCUGUCAAGUGCUGUCUGAGUAUUUGGGUUGUGUGGUACUUCAGGCUCUUUCCCAGCUUUGUAUGCAUUGCUUUUUUGCCACCAUGACUAUCAAAACACAUUGAGUACUACAGCUGAGUGACAAAGACCAGCCACUGCUACUUGGAUUUAUUAGCAACUUAAACAUGAAGUAAACAUGCUGAUUAACCACUCUUUAUAGAGUGAGAUGUUAUUUACUGUGAGUAAGGUGGGCACAAAGAGCUCAUGCAUUGACCAAAUUUAGAAGGUAAGUCUCUGGCAGAGCUACAAGUGAAGUUCUCACCUCCAACCUCUACCCUAAGAACUGGAUUUCUGCUCACUUCCAUUAGUACUAUGAAAUGGCAGAGAUGCGUAGCAAAGGGAAAGUUUUAUGCAGAUCAUGAGGACUGGUACAGUAUUUAUGUGUCUUGUGAAGGGGAGACAAGCAGCAACCUACAACUGACAACACUGCCAAGGGUUCUGUCCUUCAUGCUGCCAUCCUAAACCUUAAUUCUUUCCAGGUGUCAUUCUGUUGCCUUGGAGAACUGGCACAAGGGGUGAGUUCAGAUCUUUCAUUCACCUGUUUUUAAAAGAUAACCUCCAGUAAUUCCCUUUUUGGGAAAAGACUUCAUCUCUCCAAAUCUAGAAGGAACCUGCCCUUUGAAGCUUCUCUUUAACUGUUCCUAAAAACAACAAAAAAUCUGCUACUAGGCAGGUGCAAUAUAUAGUCCUUCCAAAUCUGGGACCUCUGUGUAAAUAUUUCCUUGGCUCAUCUCUUCCUUUGAAUGUGAUUCAGUGGCACAUCUGCUACUCACCAUUUUACAGCAAGGCUGAAGAGGGCUGCUUUAGUAUCCUAAGAGCUAAUUUCUCCUACUGCCUUUUUCUUUGUUUGUUUGUUUGUUUGUUUCCUAAUACCAGAAAGCAGUUUUCGUCUUAGAUAUCUUAAGUAUCCAAAGGAGCUGCUGAUGACUUCCAUUGCCAUUUGACUAACUUUUGGAGACAAAGUUCUGCUGCUCUAUUCUUCAUUUUUAUGGACAAUUAAAAAAAAAAAAAAAAACUAACACGGUGGUAACAGAAGACAUAAGACUGCCACAAAAGACAAAAAUCAACAAACAUAACUACAUAGGAACUGUAACUGUAAAAAUAUCAUCUGCCUCUGCCCACACUACAGGUUCAACGGGACUUUAAUUUCGGCUGUGUGGGGAAUGAGGGAGAGAGGAAAACAGUGUCAUUUUCCUUUGCCAGGUGAAGGUCAUCUGAGAGGUCUAAUCUUUUUUUUAUUAUUAUUCCUAUUCUUAAAUUUUCUUUAUUUUGUAUUAUUAAUUCUGUUCUGUACAGCAGCUGUUGUGAUUGUAUUUAAAUGUAAGUGCACACUUGGUCACCAACAAUGUCCUAUUUAUUGGUUUAGGGAUUUGCUUUUUUUUAUUAUUAUUUGUUUUCCUUUCUUUCCACUUAAUCUAACUUAAUUUACAGUUCAGUGGUGAAAAACAUGACCUUUUAUAUUUCUAUUUGCAAUACAAGCUACCCGUUUUACAUGAGUUUAUGAAAAUAAUGACCACAUUU